UUCGGGGUGCAGGAGACGGGGAACCCCCAACGCGCCGUCACAAUAUUAUUCAAGUUUUGUAUCAGCAUUUUGACAGACCCCACCCAUAGAUAGAAAUAAAGGAGUGAUGUGUCAUCGGUUGCGCUGAUAACGACUAUAGUAAGUGAAUGACAACAUUUGAUUGCCUCAAAAUACCUGACUGUGAGCGAAGUAUCAUUGGAUGCGAGAGAUGUACAAGUGAGGGAUAAGGUCGCUAAACACGGGUAUCAGUGCGGUACAGCUGCACAGGUAGCGAAAUUCUCGCAACCUACACUGACAGAUGCAAGAGUCACAUGGAAAGGGAGAGCAAUAGCUUUGGCAAAACGGAUUAAUGCGUGAUUCAUAGCAAACGAAUUACAAUUGCAAAUGUGUCCCCGUAACUCUUCCCAGACACAGUCCGAUUGGCCACUGAGAACAAUGGGGUCGGUCGUCCAGGGGGAUAUCGGACUCCCUAAUCCCCACAGAGCAGAACGCUGCGUAUUUAGACAGACGCUGUCAAAUAGCAAAGCCAGGGCGAGCCCAGCCGCGCGGGGCUGCAGUUAUUGGCUGAGGCGCUGAGCGCCGCUGUUCACCAAUCAGAGAGGGAGACGCGCCGAGCGAUCCACCCCGCCCCUCUCCGCCCGCAGCCACAGGGACCCGAGUUCAGACAGUGUCAGUGCGCGGAGAUCAGACCGAUGGGCGACGCUGGCUGACACAGGCUUCGGACUUCACUCCCCGUCUUUCCGAAAGUGGGUCCAAGGACAAAAUCCAACCCGGGAGGUUCCCUCGCGGGAUCUCGGCGGCGUCACAGCAGCAGCAAAGCUAUGGCGGGUGAACGCAGGCUCCGGCACCGGAUGGCGCGAGUCCUUCUCUGCUGUGCCUUGCUCUCCGUUUCGGAAGCGCUAUCCGGGCAGACUCGGUAUUUCAUCCCGGAGGAAAUGGAGAAAGUCGACCUGGGGCUGCACGCGGAGCAGCCCUCGGAGCGCGGAGUCCGAAUCGUUUCCGGAGGUAGGACGCAGUACUUUGCUCUCAAUGCGGAGAGCGGCCAUUUGAUCACCGCGGAGCGCAUAGACAGGGAGCGGAUCUGCGGCCGGGCGGGGAAGUGUCUGCUGAGCUGUGAGCUCAUAGUGGAGGAUACAAUGAAGCUGUACGGAGUGGAAGUGGAAAUCACGGACAUUAAUGACAACGCCCCCAGCUUCCCGGCAGAAGAGUUACAUUUAAAAAUCAGUGAAACAGCGGCCCCCGGAUCGCGGUUUUCCGUGCGUCAGGCAGAGGACCCAGACGUGGGAUUAAAUUCCAUCCAGAGCUACCAGCUCAGCAGCGACGGGCAUUUCUCACUGGACCUUCAGACGGGACCGGAUGGAGUGAAACACGCGGAACUCGUCCUGGAAAAGUCCCUGGACCGGGAAGAACAAGCCGUUCACACGCUGAUCCUCACGGCCACUGAUGGGGGAGACCCGGUCAGAUCCGGCACUGCGCAGAUCCGCGUUACUGUCCUCGAUGCUAAUGACAACGCGCCGGUUUUCAGUCAGCCUGUCUACACGGUGAGUGUGUGGGAAAAUGUGCCGGCAGGGUCCACGGUUCUCACAGUAAAGGCCACCGACCUGGAUGAAGGAGUCAACAAAGAGGUGACCUACUCGUUCCUCAAAAUCACAGACAAAGCUGCUCAAACAUUCCACAUGGACUCUGGGACGGGGGAAGUGACACUGGUGGGGAACUUGGACUUCGAGGAAUCCGCGUUGUAUGAAAUCGAGGUGCAAGCGCAAGACGGGGGAGGCCGAUUUGACAAAUCCAAAGUUGUGAUCGAGGUUAGCGAUGUGAAUGACAACGCCCCGGAAAUCGCUGUCAGGUCCCUCAUAAGCGCGAUCCUCGAGGACGCUCCCCCCGGGACUGUGGUCGCCCUUCUAAACGUCCAGGAUCCGGAUUCGGGCGAGAACGGGGAGGUCACGUGCUCCAUACCCACCAAUCUGCCGUUCCGCUUGCAGAAGACAUUGGACAAUUACUACAGCUUGGUGACUGACAGAGCCCUGGACCGGGAGCGGGUCUCGGGUUACAAUGUGACGGUCACAGCCACAGACCGCGGGACUCCCCCGUUAUCCUCCACCACAAGCAUCUCAGUGCAACUUUCGGACAUAAACGACAACGCGCCCGUCUUCAGCCAGACAUCCUACACUGUGUCCAUCCCCGAGAACAACCCCAGCGGGGCCUCCGUGUGCUCCGUGAGGGCCACUGACCGCGACUGGGGGGAGAACGCCCGAGUGACUUACUCUCUGCUGGAGGGCGAGGGCCGCGAAGCUCCGCUCUCCUCCGCCGUGUCCAUUAACUCGGAGACCGGGGCUGUGUACGCGCUGCGCUCCUUCGACUACGAGCAGCUGCGGGAGCUUCGGUUCCGGGUGCAGGCUCGGGACGGGGGGUCCCCGCCGCUCCGCAGCAAUGUCUCCGUCAGGCUCUUGGUGCUGGACCAGAAUGACAACAGCCCGCACAUCCUGCACCCCGCCUCCCCCAGCGAUGGCUCCACGGGAGUGGAGCUGGCCCCUCGCUCCUCCGAGCCGGGCUACCUGGUCACCAAGGUGGUGGCGGUGGAUGCGGACUCCGGGCAGAACGCCUGGCUCUCCUACCAGCUGCUGAAGGCCACGGAGCCGGGGCUCUUCUCGGUCGGAGUCCACAGCGGCGAGGUGCGGACAGCGCGCUACUUUGUGGACAGGGACGGCCUGAAGCAGAGCCUGGUGGUGCUGGUGAAGGACAACGGGCAGCCCCCUCUCUCGGCCACCGUCACUGUCACGGUGGCGGUGGCUGACAGCAUCCCCGAGCUCCUGUCGGACCUGAGCAGCCUCUCGGCUCCCGCGCAGCCGCAGUCCGGCCUCACCUUGUACCUGGUGAUCGCGGUGGCGUCCGUGUCCUGCGUCUUCCUCACCUUCGUCAUAGCGCUGGUGGCCCUGCGGCUCCGGCGGUGGCGCGAGUCGCAGCUGUUGGACUCCUCGAGUGGGACUUUCGGCGGAGUUCCCGUCUCGCACUUCGUGGGCAUCGAUGGGGUCAGAGCGUUUCUCCACUCCUACUCCCAGGAGGCGUCGCUCAGCGCGGGCUCCGGGAAGAGCCAGUUCAACUUCCCCCAGUCAAACUAUGCAAACACUCUGACCAGCGAGCAGACGUGUGAGGUAAAGGAUCCUUUCCUAAUGGCCGAGGAGUUAAACGUUAGUAACGCGGAUCAGUCCUCCAUUCAGGUGAGCUAA